GUGGAAUAUUUUUUUUUAAAAUUAUAAAUUUAAUUAAAAUCUAUUAAUGGAAACUAAAUAUGAAAAAGAAAAAACAAAUAGUCAAGAUUAUAAUUCAAAUAGAUCAGAAAAUUAUGAUUCUACAUGUUUAAUUGCACAGGAAGAAGAAAAAUUGGAUAAAAAUAAUAAUUCAGAUUUAUAUCAAGAAUAUAUAGAAAAUGAGCCUUUAAAUAAAAUUUGGUCAAUUAAUUCAGAUAUAAAAAGGCAUAUUCUUAUUGGAGUAACAGGAUCAAUAGCUGCUAUCAAAUUACCUAUUAUUAUUCAAGGUUUAUUGAAAUAUAAAAAUGUUGAAAUUCAAAUCGUAUAUACAUCUUCUGCAAAUCAAUUUUUUGAUCUACAAGAAAUCAAAAAAUAUAAUAUUCCUACAUGGACUGACGGUGAUGAAUGGGAGUUAUGGAAAAAAUAUGGUGACCCAAUUUUACAUAUACAACUUCGUCGUUGGGCUCAUCUUCUUCUUUUAAUACCUUUAUCUGCAAAUUCUCUUUCAAAAAUAGCAAACGGUAUUUGUGAUAAUCUUCUUCUUUCUAUUCUUAGAGCUUGGUCUCCUAAUCUUACAAUUUUUGCUGCUCCUUCUAUGAAUACUUUGAUGUGGCAACAUCCUCUUACUCAGAAACAUAUUCAAUUUAUACAACAAAUACUACCACAUAUACAAUUCAUAAAUCCUAUAGAAAAAACACUUGCUUGUGGUGAUACUGGCAUGGGUGCAAUGGCUGAACCUACUGAAAUAAUUAAUCGUGUUGUAUUACAUUUGGCUUUGAGCACGUGAAAAUCACGUGAUAUCACGUGAUUCAUUUUUUAAACGUCUAAUCACG